UCUAAUACCUGAGCUUACCUUAUCUACUAACCUAACCUCUUCCCCCCACCUCGACAUGGCGCUCGACACUAUCGCUACGGAGCUGGUAUUCAUGGUCACCGAUCAUCUUGAGAUCGAAUCCUUCGCAUCUCUCCUCUUCGCAAACCGUACGCUCUACCAUUGCCUCACCCAGAAGUUCCACCGCCGCGCGAUCUCAGACGACGGCGGUGUCUCGGCGCUUCUCCAUGCGGCAUCCACCAGCAACCUCACCCUCGCAACCACGCUCCUCUCCGCCGGUGCGAUUCCCAAUCUCUUUGUGUCCGCACCAUGUGAUAUCCGCGCAAUAACCCCGCUGCACAUCGCCGCACUCGCCGGAAACCUCCCACUAUGCCGGCUCCUCGUGCAGUACGGCGCAGAUCCGCACGUGGCCUUCCACCUAACCAGCCCACUCCGCCGGCACUUGGGCGGGAAGCUCGACGCAACCCGCGAAUACAUGGAAAAUCUGACGCCGCUCGGCUGUGCCGUGUGCCACGAGCACGCCGCGCUCACCGUCUUCCUGCUGGACGCCAUGGACGCGCAGGAUGCCGGCAACUGGUUCUCGCACGCCUCGGGAUUGUUCGAGUUCGCCAUGGAACAGGGCUACAUCUCGAUCCUCUCCGUGUUCAUCUCGCGCGAGGACGUCGACGCCGACGCGUUGACGUGGUUCCUAAGGCCCACAGUCGCGGCUGGGAACCCCCACAUCGUCGAGAUGAUGCUGCGAGCGGGCGCCGACGUCGAGGGCCGCCCAAACAACUGGCGCCCGCUGCAUGUCGCCGCGCAUCGCGGGCACGUCGGCGUCAUCCGUGUGCUCCUGCGACACGAGGCAGAGGUCGACUCGCUCUCCCAUGCGAAGCGGGAUCAGCCAAAGACUGCGCUCGUCGUCGCGGCGAGGACAGCGGUCAUGGGGCUCUCGAGGAGCGGUCUCGCGAAGAUUCCGGACGAGGAGCGCGAGGCGGAAGUGGUAAGGAUGCAGCAAGGGGCCAGGGAGGCCGCUAUAUUACUUGUCGACAAUGGAGCCGACGUCGACUUCGCUAUUCACCUCGUCUAUGGCCUCAUUGCUACUCAGAGUGAGAAAACGGACGUCACCAGGUUUCUCGAGGAUAUCAGGACUCAGGAGACUCACCAUGUCACGUAGAUGAUUGAUGCACGCGCUCACCAUUGCCCAGGUUUAGCAUCACCCUCUGGAUUUGCUGACCAGUGUCCACAGACGAGCUGAACGACAGAAAUGUAAUGCAUAUUUGGGACGCUUGCUUACCACGACCAUAUCUUGGGGACGGCAGUGGCGGCGAUAUCUGAAGUUAUAUUUCCGAUUUCUAUCACAUGAAGUUCUGGAAGAUUUUGAAACCGUGUACUUAUAUCACCACUUAUGCCCGUAUUUACCUACCUACCUAAAUUACUUACUAUCGACUUCUUUUUCUGCUUUGCCAUCACAUCUUAGCUUAAUAAACGUGCACCAUCUUCCC